AUGAAGUUCCGCAGGAGUGUAAAGAGCGAAAAGGACACCCGCCCGCACCACAUUUCGAUUCCACCAAAGGAUGCCAUAGCCAUUGUGCCCCCCAAGAAGGUCAUAAAAGCCCUCUACGAUUACACGCCCACAGAUACCAGCCCAAACUCUGUCUACCUUGCAUUUUCCCAGGGUGACUUUCUGCACGUUGUCGGGCGUGAGGACGACAGCGACUGGUACGAAGCCUGCAACCCGCUGCACGGCACCCGUGGCCUCGUUCCCGUCUCAUACUUUGAGGGCGUUGGCAAGACAGUGCGCGACAGUGCUGGCGCCCCCCCAGUGCCUCGCGCCACAACACAACAACCGCACGAUUCCGGCUACCAAGAGCGCAUCACAAGCCCGCAACCCUCUACCCAGGACAUUAUGACGCAGCAAAUGCGCAUGUCGCGCUCGGGAAAGACAGGCGCCAUGGUCUAUGGCGUCGUUAUCUACGACUUCCACGCAGAGCGGCCCGACGAGCUCGAGGCCAAGGAGGGCGAGGCCAUCAUCGUCAUCGCCCAGUCCAACCCUGAGUGGUUUGUCGCAAAACCUAUCACCCGACUCGGCGGCCCCGGCCUGAUACCCGUCUCUUUUAUCGAGAUCCGCGACAUGACUACUGGGCAAGUAGUCACCGACACGCAGGCCGCCGUGACUGCUGCUGGUGUGCCCAAGGUCGAGGAGUGGAAGAAAAUGGCUGCAGACUACAAGAACGGUAGCAUUCCUCUCGGCAAGCUCGAAACAAACUCGGGCCAGUCGCUGCAACAAGGCAUGGAGCGUUUGAGCGUACGCAGCCAAAAUGGUGGCCACCAAAAGACCGGUUCGAUCUCCCACUCGCGCAACGGCUCCAUGGUGCAGACUCGAAAUCCGCACCGCACAUCCGACAACCUGCUCGCACCCAUCAAGGCUUGUGUGCCGCGUUACUGCUUUGCUGACGAUAUCUUCUGGUUCAUCAUUGAGUGCCAGAUGGAGGACGGCCGUCACUGGGAGUUGCAACGUUUGUACCAGGAUUUCUACGACCUUCAGAUACAGCUUAUUGCCUCUUACCCCGUCGAGGCCGGUACAAGUGGCUCGGGAGAACGAACAUUGCCAUUCAUGCCAGGCCCGGUAACCUACGUCACCGAUAACAUUUCCAACGGGCGCCGUGCCAACCUCGACGAGUACAUCAAGAACCUGCUCAAGCUGGGCCCGCACAUUACCCAGGGACACCUUGUCAAGGGUUUCUUUGCCCCACGACAAGGCGACUACGAAAUCGACCCCGAUGUUGUCGCUGCUGAAGAAUACCGUUUGUCUCAACAGUCACACCAAUCAUCAACCCCCUCACAUGGAGGAGCCAGCAGACAAUCAUCUGCCGACCAACUCCAAGCCACAACCCCGGUGACUCCUUUCUCGACUGGCUCAACCUAUGCCUCGCACCAACGUGGUCCAUCGACCGCCUCGCAAGCAUACACAACAAACCUUAAUCCACCGCCUAUGAACCACUCACAUUCGUCUGUCUCGACCGCCACCGGCACCGGUACAUCGGCGCUCAAGAUCAAAGUAUGGUUCGAGGAAGACAACUGUGUCGUCAUUCGCAUGCCCAUAUCACUCAAGUUUGUGGACCUUUACAAUAAGCUUGUUGAGAGGAGGAAGCUGGAGCGACCUGGCGAGGAAGAGGAGGAGCUGAUUGUCGAGUACAAGGACGAGCAAGAAAAUUACUUUUACCCGAUUGAGAAUGACGAGGACCUGCAGAUUGCAGUGGAGCGUAAUCCCAAGCUAACACUCAGUGUUACAACGAGGCGGUAAUGGCGGAGUAAAUGGUAAGACUUAGCAUUUCUACUUCUUCUUCUUCUUCUUCUUCUUCUUCUUCUAAUUCCCCAAGUUUUAUUUCCUUUCGUGUAUGGUAGCCCGUGCCAUUUUGCAGUGGCUACCUUGGUCCGGCUACCUUGAUCCCUGUCUUUUCCUUUGUUUUUUUCCUUUGUUCUUGUUACUUUCGGAGUUGCAUAAGGGUCCAUAGCUCGGGUGCGAACAGGUGUUUGCGGAGUCUGUGGGGCAUUAAGUGCAUGACGGCAAGCGGGUUCCUUUCUUUUCGGCCAGUCUUUUUGGUUUGAUCUGCAACUAUUUCAUCGACACAGAGAGGAGGUGUUGAGGCUAGAUUAUAUGAGGGUGGGCUUUGGAUUGAGCAACAUGUGGCGGAUGAGCAAUGAUGGGGAGGCGAGGAAUGAUAAAAAUGGUUUAUCUAUCCAUUAGGUGUAUUUGAAAAAUUUCACUCCGCUC